UAUUUUAAGACCCAAGCACCGAGUUUUUUUGGGAGGAGUUGGACCAGAAUGUGAAUCUUUUUGAGGUGACCUCUCUAAACUGUCUGCAGAAUGGAAGAGCUGGUGCUCCCAGUAAUCAAGGGAAGCUUCCCAGAGAGCGGAUCAGUCUAAACCUACCUUCCCUCAGUUUCUUCCCAUUCCCCCUACUUAUACCCAUUCUUUCCAGUCUAAGCAAUUCUGACCCCCUGGAUGUUUCAAGCCCUAAGAGAAAUGUCUGCCAAUCCCAGUGAAGAUUCAAGCCGGACUGGCCGCCUUUCUCCACACCCUUCUUUAAAAACAUCUUAAGUCAAGGACAAGCAUCCCUACAAAUAAGGUAAACAGCUUUAAUUUUAUAACAUUUCCAAGCGCUAGAUGCGAUGCCAAAAAUAGAACAGAAAAACUCCUUUGAAUCGGCCCUCCCUCCUUACUAGCACAUUGGCCUCUGAAUUUUUCUCAGGGGAGGUGUGUUGUGCAUUGUCAACCCAAGGUCACUUUGUUUGAACGGGAGAUGCAGUCCUCCCCUUACAUAAGUGUUUCGAGGGACGCACUCGAGUAACUAGCCUCGGAGUUGAGAGCUGCUCGGAGCUGGAACAUGAGGCCUGUGCUUGCAAUGGCUUUGCAGUGCCUGCUGCUGCUCCUCCCCUCAACGGCUCUGCUUGGAAAAGGAGGCGUCGGGGGAGGACUUUCACUUGCUGAAGAACUGGAAAUAACCUUUUCAAAGGAGUCGGGACUUGGAGAGGAGUGGAGAGAAAAGGAAGACGGGCGCAUAUAUGAAGGAGCAGAACCCAACUUAAUGCCAUUGACGUCCAAGGCCACCACUGCUACUCGUCUCCUCUUGAAGAGUGACAAGCCAGGAGAUGAUGCCAAAGGAGCAAAAUCCCCUCAGCUCAUCCCUGAGGAGGCAGUUUUCCCAGUGCUGGGGUCAGAUUCCAGCCUCCCUCCUUGGCCCAUUGGUGGGCUGGAAGGGCCAGUGUGCAGAGUGAAAAUGGGCAGGAGGUAUGGCUUGGGCCAGAGCCACUUGGAAGUCGUGGGGGUCCUUACCAGCUAUGAAAGCGAUUUCCUCAAGGUGGUGAGACGUUCAAGCUGGGAUCAAGGCCGGCUGGAGACCUUUGGGAUCUGUCCUGCUGGAGAGACCCAUUCUGCUCUCCUGUCUCUGAAACACAUCAGUGCUCACUUGGCCGACCCAGGGGAGAACAGGUUCCUUGUGCUGCAUCUUGAAGAAGUGAAGUGGGAUGCAGAGACGAAGCUCAGGUUUAAGCUGGCUUUUCAAGAGGACGUGGGGCGGUCACUUGGAGAGCUCCAGUCUGCCUUGCUGGUGUUUUAUCCUGGAAGCAGGGAAAGGAAGGGCAGCAAAGCCAGAGAGAAGCUCCUGGCAGCAGGAGAAGGGCUGCACCAGAAGCAGGCUCUCUGCCUCUCCAGGGACACCCGGUACCUGCUGCUCGGGGCCUCGGUGAUGUCUGCCAUCCGCUCACACCGGCAGCUCAGCUUCGACGUUUCCUUGGCAAUCAGGCGUCCCGGUGACGGAGGCUCCCUCCUGCCCCCCCUGGAGGCCCAGCAACUGCUCUUCGGCGCUGACGAGAAGUGUUUCACCAGGAUGACCCCAGCCUUGCUCUUGCUGGUGAAGCCGCGGUGCGAGGAAGACACCCUGUCCCCUUCUUCCUUCCUCUCAGUGGGCGGCGUGGUGGAGACGGCCCCUUACCCACAGCCCAGCUCGCCCCCUGGUGGCAAGGCCGAGGAGCCGGCCUCUAAUGCAGCUGCUGGCCAGGCCAAUGCUUCGUCCCCAGUGCCCGGCAGCCGUGACCAGUUCCUGGGCAGCCUGACCAGGUUCGUCAGCAGGGUCCUGAGCCCCUCGGGGGAGCCGCCUACUGCCUCCGGCCUCCACCACAGGCUGGACUUCAAGACGAUGGAGACGCUUCCUCACCAGCUGCUCAACCUGUCGGAGCAGGCAGCCCUGGAGCGGCUGGUGCAGUCGGACGAGCCCCUGGUGCUCCUGUUCCCCCAGAACAGCCAGGCGCUGCUGGAGCAGCAGUUCGGGCACUGGCAGCUGGAGGGGAGCCUGCUGCAGCAGCUGCUGGAGAAGCUCCAGGCUGUCAUCCAGGAGCUGAGGGAGAUCCCAGCCUUUCAAGCCAACAUGGACCUCUUCCAGCACCUCCUGGCCUUCUGCUAUUACCCCCUGGGCUCGGGCAGCAGCGACCCCACGGAGCUGCCCCGUGGCCACCGGAAGCUGCGCACGCUGCUGCUGCUCAAAGCCCUGCAGACAGUGCGCGCCCACUGGCAGGAGAAGAGGAAGGUGUCCCGGCAGAACCGCAGCACUGGGCCCCAGGCCUACUGCCGGCUGCAGGAGCUGACGGUCGACCUCCACUACGAUUUCAUCAUCGUCCCUGCGGAAUACAUUGCCAACAACUGCGAGGGCUCCUGCCAGCGCCCGCUCUCUGCCCGCAUCCCCAACUACUCCUCCCACACGGUGCUGCUGCUGGACAUGCAGGAACGGGGCACCCCCCUCCGGCGCAGCCCCUGCUGUGUGCCAGUCAAAUACUCCAGCAAGGAGAUCAUCCGCUUCACCGGGGAGGGCAUGCAGGUCACGACGUACCCCAACAUGGUGGCAGUGGAGUGCGGCUGUCGGUAGAGACGCCCGGGCCUGUCCCGUCUCUCCCUGGCGUCCUUUGGCCUUCAGAGCUUGGAGGGAGGCGACUGAGCUGAGGCCGUGGCCUGGGCCUUUCCCCUGCAAUACUGGCUCGUUGUUUCCCUCUGGCCCUGGUAGGUUU